AGAAAAGGAAAAAGGAUCGGUGGCAGCAAGUAGACCGGUGACGACGACCGUCGAGCGCCACCCGAACAGGAAGAGGAGCCACUUUCGGUUCUCUUUCCUUCUCACAGUGUAAUGGAUAUGAGGCUCCCAGGUGAUCAUGGUAGAGGUCUGCUGCUUCUGAGGAUCCUGCAUCUCUUCUUGCACCACUUUGGGCCAGAAGAUUGGGAAUUCCUUUGCCUGAUAAACACGUGAUAUUCCUGUCUUGGAUAGAGCCCCCCCUUGGGUUGUGCCGUGGCUGAAGUCUUUGUGGUCUAUACUCGGCCUUGUCUCAGGAUGGACCUGAGCCCUAAGACCAUGCCUCAGGACUACCUGGCAUGAUGACUCCUUGCUGUCCCCAGUCCACCUGGCCGUGCUGUUGCUCCAGUUUCAACUGUUCUGCCUGCGGCUAUGGAACCCUGACCUGUUUACCGGACGUGCUACUUGUCCCAGACUUGCUGUUUUCAACUCUCUAGAGACACUCUUAAUGAUCGGCUAUGAAAACCCAACUGACAUUUACGGCAGGGUAGCCUAAUGGUUAGAGCGUUGGACUAGUAACCAGAAGGUUGCAAGUUCAAACCCCCGAGCUGACAAGGUGUCGUUCUGCCCUGAACAGGCAGUUAACCCACUGUUCCUAGGCUGUCAUUGAAAAUAAGAAUUUGUUCUUAACUGACUUGCCUAGUAAAAUAAAGGUAAAAUAAAAAAUAAUCUUAAAAAUCUUAACUGCCUAGUUAAAUAAAGGUAAAAUAAAAAUAACAGUUAUCCUGAGUUGAACUCAGAAUUCGCCAAAGUUAGCUAGAGCCUGAUGCGAAUUUUUGCAGUUUUUUGUUAAAAAUCGCGCAACAUUUCAAAGUCCUGCUACUCAUGCCAGGAAUAUAGUAUAUGCAUAUGAUAUGUAUGUGUGUAUAGAAAACACUCUGAAGUCUCUAAAACUGGUUAAAUCGUGUCUGUGGCUAUAACAGAACGUGUUUAGGAGUAAAAAUCCCUGGUAAAACUGUUUACCAAAAACACAACAAAAAUAUUAAUCCGCCAUUCAAUGUAUUGUCUAAGGCGAAAAAAAUAAAAAAUAAAAUAAGCCUACAGCUUCCACACGAUGUCGCCAGUACUGGCAUUUCAAGUCUGCUUUAUCCUUGGUUAGAUGACGUAUAGGCCCUUCCUGUUUUAGGCUCACCACAGGAUGUUGUGAAAUUGAAAACAUGGACGAUGAUUUCAAGACUUGCUGCUAUCGAAUACAGAUCGCCCUGUGAUCAAUUUUAUAGAUUAUUAACGUUUAUUAAUUACCUAAAGUUGGUUUAGAAAAGUAGUUUGAAGUGAUUUGUAAAAGUUUAUAGGCAACUUUUGUCAUUUUAAAAAGUGACGUUGCGUCUUGUAAAGGGGCAUUUUCCUGGAUCAGACCUGCUUUCAGCUAAUGACAUUUUUGGUAUACAAUGGCGGAUUUAAUCGGGAAAAAGACCUAAUUGUGAUGUUUAUGGGACAUAUAGGAGUGCCAACAAAGAAGCUCGUCAAAGGAAGGCAGCUCCAGAAUGCAGGUGUUUCAGUCGAGCUCUGUGCUUUCUGUGGUGGAGGGGCAGCCAGUGGAAAAUACAGAGGGACUGGUGGUUAGUAGCCUACAACAAUCAACAAUGGACAGACCUGGAUUCUCUACAGCCCCUCAUCCUCCUGAUGUCAGGAUUGUGCUGCUGGGUAAAACUGGAGUGGGGAAGAGUGCAACAGGAAACACCAUUCUGGGUCAAGACGUGUUUCACUCAGCUUUGAGCUUUUCCUCAGUUACCAUGGAAUGUCAAGAGAGAACUGUUCUCAUUGGACAGAAUAGAGUCAGUGUGGUUGACACUCCAGACUUCUUCUAUGCAACACACACACAGGAGGGUUUGAGUUCAGAGAUAGAGAGAUGUAUCUAUCUCUCUAACCCUGGACCUCAUGCAUUUAUCUUUGUUCUAACUCUUGAUACUUUCACUGAGCAGGAGACAGAUGUAGUCACUGUAUUUGAGAAAUGUUUUGGUGAAGUAGCUUCAAGAUACACCAUCAUUGUCUUUACUCAUGGAGACGAGCUGAACAACAGAACAAUAGAGGAACUAGUAGAGAAAAAUGUUAAGAUGUCUGAGCUCAUUGAAGAGCGUGGUUGGAGAUAUCAUGUCCUUAACAACAAAGACAGAGCCAAUAGAAACCAGGUGACUGAGCUGCUGGAAAACAUUCUCAUCAUGAUGAAUGUGAACGAAAGUAGCUGUUACACACAUGGCAUGUUGCAGGAGGCAGAAAGAAAGGCAAGAGAAGAGACUGAGUUGAUUAAAGAGGAGAGUCUCAGGGAAGAGAGGAACAGAGAAGAACAGCAGAAAUGCUUAAAGAAGGUGGGAAGAGAGAGAGAGGAGAGAGUACAGAGAGAGAUGGAGGAUAGAGAAGAGAGAGAGAUGGAGAGAGAAACUCAAGAGAAAAAAGCACAACGUGGUGCAGCGAUUCUGUCCAUUUUAUGUAUGAAACCAAAGCAUUUCUAUCUGCUCAGUGCUUUAGUUGCAGUGGCCAUGGGAGGCAAUUGUGCAUGGAGCAAAGACCCUGUGAAUGUGACAGAGUUCAUAAGGGGUUCUCUGAUAGGGGUGUUACCUGAGGCAAUGGGAGCUGGAUCAUACACACUUAUAGACAUAGCCUGGGGACCGAUUUUAAGAUGGGUUGUAAGGUCUUCUAUAGCCACUGAGAUCCAGACUGGGAAAUCAGUUGGAACAGCUAUGGGUUUCAUAGGAGCAGCAGCAGUUGGUGGAUUGACAGGAAGGUUAGUUGGCCCAGGAGGAGGAGUGGUGUUAGGAGGAUUAUCAGGGUUGUUAGGAGGAUUAUCAGGGUUGUUAGGAGGAGUUGGUGUGAUGGCGUUAAGAAAUAAAUUCAAAGACUAGAAAAAGCAGAUAUUUCCCUGUGAUUCACUUCUGAACUACAGCUCCACUUCCUGUCUCUAUAUGGGAGGAGCUCUGAUUGGACAGUUAGAACAUGCACAGUAGAUAGGAAUGCAUCUUCCUAUGAAUCCCCUCUUCAUAAUGAUGUCAUUCUAUAUUAAAAUACCCUUUUGGAAAAUGGUGUCAAGGUGUUCAAGACAGAGAUUCAUGUGAGAGGAGAGUACAUAGAGAAGAGCCCUUGAUGAAUGAGUACAUGUCAUUCUCUAUUUCAUAUUGGCAAGUAUAACAUUUAGCUUCAUAUGACAUUUUACUGUCUUGGUUAUAAUGUGAACAGAUAAAUGUUUGUGAGCAGGUAUUAGUGCAUAAACGGCAUUAUAAUGUGUUAUACAUAGCUCAUGAGGCGUUAAUACAUUUGCAUUUAAUCCAUUAUGAAAAGGGUAUUCGUAGGAAGUUACCAACAAAAAAAUGUUUUAUUGUCACACACCGGAUAGAUGCAGUGAAAUGCGUUGUGCCACAGGGUCACCCUCCUGGAGCAAAUUGGGGUUUAGUGCCUUUUUCAAGGACACAUUGACAGAUGUUUCACGUUGACAGCUCAGGUUGCUGGCCCAACACUCUAACCGCUAGGCUACCUGCCACCCUGUCUUUGAUGUUAACUCUUCUACAUUCUACCAUCUUAUUCUUAAUCUUUCUUUAAUUAAUAUCAAAACACUCCUUCCACACAUACUCUGUUUAUAGACCAAGAACUGUUGGGGCUGGUCCACCAUCACUAAAUGUAAUGAUUUGGUCUGCAUGUGUGAGGGGUGUUGAAUACUGCAGUCAUGUUGCAUAGCUGGUAAUGGACAGUAUUUCAAACUGCAUUUUACAAUCAUGAAAUAUACUAAACUGCAGUUUUUUUCUGUUCUUAACAAUGCCAAGAAUCAUAUCUAUCCAGGUUCAUUAACUCUGUAAAAACCACAAGUGUGUAAUUUUGGGAGGCAUGUGUUAUAUAACAAAGUUGUCAAGGAAACCAGUUUGUCUGCUUCAUAGGCCUCACUCCUCCCAUUUGUUGAACGUCAACAGUGAGAUACGUGGAAAUGUAAGUCUCACUGUACUUUGUUCACUUGUACAGAAAUAUGUUGACAUCAGAUAUAAAUGAAACCUUGUCCUCA